UAUCAGCUCUAAAAACACGUAUAUCCGUUCCAAACGCAAUGAACGAUGCGCAAAGAAAUUUUUAUAGUUUUGUUUACUGUUUUUCAAGUGAUUGUUGGUCAGAUAUUGCAAUUCGGAGAAUGCAGGAACGUGAAAACCAUGGAGUUAUUCCAGAUCGAUAAGUUCCUCGGCAAAUGGUAUGUGAUAGAGAAAUUUCCACUAUGGUACGAAGUGGACGGCCACUGUGCCUAUAAAGUGGUCCAGCUUUGCGGGCGACGCGUUAGGAUUCAGAAUGGUUUCGUGAAAGGUGACAUACAGUACAUAAUUCAUGUAAACAGCACCUACUCGUCUGGUGAUGAUGCUGUGUUUCCUAUAGAAGAGAACAAUGUAGACCCCGUCGGUGUGCCCCUGAAUGUUAUAUCAACGGAUUACACGAAUUACUCGGUGCUUUAUGGCUGCAGAGUAAAUGGAAAUUUACAAUUGAAAUAUGUCAACGCCUGGAUUCUUUCACGAAGUAGGACGUUGUCAGCGGAUCUUCUGAUGGAAGCGCGAUAUCAAUUAAAGCUACUGCCUGAUGCCAGUAAUGUGUACUUAAAAAAGGAAAACCACAGUGAUUGCUCUUAUCAGUGGACUGCAGAAAUACAUGCCCUUAAUAUUAAUGGCGUAAACGACACUGUCGAAGAAACACAGGAAUGUAAAUAA